UGAUUUACAAUUUCAUUAGUUUGGAAAUAAUUAAUUUUAGGCUAUGAAAUUCAUACAAAACCCAUGCAUGGUUAAGUUUAGGCCCAUGAUGCUUUGUUCAAAUUUUGGCCCAUAGAAUGGUUAAGUUUGGCAAUACAAAAAAAAAUUGAGCAGUGAUGUUACUUCCUUAUUCAUAUAGACCUGCUAUUCAUUUUCUUACGUUCUUUUGUACAAACCCUAUCUUUUUCAUAAAAUCCUAGCCCCCUUUAACCCAUUACAAUCUGAAUCAACACAACCUUCAUUCCUUCUAUUUCCGCUUGAUUUGCUUCAAAUCUGAAGCGUUUAUCUUCGUUUCAUCUAUUUCAAUCGUUCUCGAUCAUCCCUUACACGUUGGAAACAUAUUUGGUUACCCAUCUGAUCAAACCAAGAUGUAUAGCGAGUUUUCGUUAUUCAAGACCUACGUUGAGAAGCAGUUUUUUGAAGUUUUAAGUGUAUUGUCUGAUUUGAAGAGUGCUGUGUGUUUGAAUGAUCAUCACGAUCAUGUGACGGAAGAUGUUGCUGGAGAUGUUUCAUCCUUAGAAGCUACCCAAAGUAUGCUAUCCAAGAAAUCUGAUGACGGAGACCAUGAUGCUGUGGAGACAUCUAAAGAUGUUUUUGAAUCUGGUACAGCAAAGGAGGAUCAUGUUCAAAAUGAUGGACAAGAUGGUGAUAAGAAACCUGAAGAUGACUCUAAUUGUAUUGGGAACGUCUUGGUUACCUAUUGUAUCGGUAUGGACGGAUGAAGCUUGAAAGGGACAUUCAAAGCGACGAGGUGGUUGAACCGAAACCGAAACUGAAGUCUGGAAGACCAAAGAAAAUUCCUCAACAUAUCAUAGAAUAGUUUGUUUACUUUGAAUUUUAUGAUAUCAGUUUGGAAUACUUUUUUCUUGUUAUUUUAGUACUUUAUUAGCAGUAGUACAUUUUGGUAAUAGUUAGUAUGUUUUUACAUUUUGGGUACCUGUUGGCAUACAAUUAGGUACCAGUUGAUAUACAUUUGGGUACUAUUUGGCA